CUCUUUAAUCUCACCUUCCUCCUAAGUUCCUAAAAAUAAAAUUCCAAGAUUCCACAAUAAAUAACCAUUUCACAUUCCAAUGUUUAUUAUAUCCAAGACCAAGAAUCCUCCGCCCAUUUCCACAUAAAGAAUCAAGAACACAAAUAUGGUUUUCACCUCUCAAUCUGAGCUUCCAUUUAAUGAGAAUGACUCACAAGACAUGGUCGUUUACCAAAUGAUAAAUGAAUCCAUUUCCUUCAAUACCUCUAAUAUGCUACCAAGAAACCAGAUUAACACAUCAAACAGGUUCCAACUGCAACCAACCAAGACCGUGGCCAAGAAACACUACAGAGGCGUCAGGCGUCGGCCGUGGGGCAAAUUUGCGGCGGAAAUUCGCGAUUCAACUCGACACGGUGCUCGUGUAUGGCUAGGCACGUUCCAGACGGCGGAGGAGGCUGCUUUGGCCUAUGAUAGGGCGGCUUUUAGAAUGCGCGGUUCCAAGGCGCUCCUUAAUUUUCCAGCUGAAGUGGUGGCUGCAGCUGCUGCAACAAACAAUAGUCCGCAAAAGUUUAAGCCGAAUUCGGAAAAUAGCGGCGGCUCAAGCAAUGUUUCCCAAUCGGAAUCGGAGAGUAGUACUGUAACGGAGGAGUCACGGGAUGUGGGGCCACUGGCCAGAACCAGAUUAUUUGGACAAGUUGCUUAGAGUCUGUCAGAGGGAUUGGUUGUUGUAAUAUUUAAAUUUAAUCUACACAUGGAAAACGUUAUAUUAGAGCUUCCCACAUGUUAAUUUUUGUUCUUUGUUUUAUGUUACCUAAUUUUUGUUUUUGUUCCAGUUAGAUAUAAUCUUUUUUGCAAAAAUACAUAAGGAAGACGGUUAGGUUA